GCCUCUCCUUUUUAGUGUCUGGUGUUUGCACUACAGUGCCUGCUGUGGCCUGGAUAACUGGGCAUCCAGACAAACAAAAGAAAGCUCUUCUCUUCUCUUCUCAUCUCCUCCCUGGCACAAACCAAAACUUGUCUCGUCAUCCACAUCUGCAAACUCCCUUCCCCCGCACCAAACCGACCGAGCAGAGGAGGGGGGGAGAGAGAUGGAGGAAUAAAGCAGAGAGGGAGAGCCGAGCCGGAGAUCAAAAGGAGUAAGGAAAGCCGAUAGCUUGUGUGUAGAGAGGGAGGGAAGAGGUGUGCGCAGCAUCCCCAUGGCCUCUGCUCCUGCUGCUAUAUAAGACCCGGAGGCUCCUCUGCUUCCCAAUCCCCCCAUCCUGGUCUCAUGCUUCGGUCCACGCACCCGCCCAGCCCCACCAGCGGCAGCGGCAGCUCGGCGGCGCCGGCGUCCAGCUCCGACGCAAAGAUGGUCGGUGGCGGCGGCGGCGGCGGCGCGGCGGGCAGCGGCGCGCCGAGCGGGGCCAAGCUGCUGCAGAUCCUCAACGUGCGGGUGGUGGGCAGCGGCGAGCGCGUGGUGGUGCUGUCCCACGGCUUCGGCACGGACCAGUCGGCGUGGAGCCGCGUGCUCCCCUACCUCACCCGCGACCACCGCGUGGUGCUCUACGACCUCGUCUGCGCCGGCAGCGUCAACCCGGAGCACUUCGACUUCCGCCGCUACGACACGCUCGACUCCUACGUCGACGACCUGCUCGCCAUCCUCGAGACGCUCCGCAUCCCGCGCUGCGCUUUCGUCGGCCACUCCGUCUCCGCCAUGAUAGGCAUCCUCGCCUCCAUCCGCCGCCCCGAGCUCUUCGCCAAGCUCAUCCUCAUCGGCGCGUCGCCCAGGUUCCUGAACGACAACGACUACCACGGCGGGUUCGAGCUGCCGGAGAUCCAGCAGGUGUUCGACGCCAUGGCGGCCAACUACUCGGCGUGGGCGACGGGGUACGCGCCGCUGGCGGUGGGCGCGGACGUUCCCGCGGCGGUGCAGGAGUUCAGCCGCACCCUCUUCAACAUGCGCCCGGACAUCUCCCUCCACGUCUGCCGCACGGUGUUCAACACCGACCUCCGCGGCGUGCUGGGCAUGGUGCGCGCCCCCUGCGUGGUGGUGCAGACCACCCGCGACGUUUCGGUCCCGGCCUCCGUCGCCGCCUACCUCAAGGCCCACCUCGGCGGCCGCACCACCGUCGAGUUCCUCCAGACCGAGGGCCACCUCCCGCACCUCAGCGCCCCCGGCCUCCUCGCCCAGGUGCUCCGCCGCGCGCUCGCCCGGUUCUAGCGACGCGCCGGCCGCGCGGCUGCUUGGCCUCACGGCGGCGAUCGGUAUUUUUACCGCCUCGAUUUUUACCCUCUGCCAAGAAUCAAAAAUGGCGCGACCCGCGCCGCUGCUGCUGCGUGUGCCAUGACUGUAGUAGAACUUGUUAUGGUGCCCGAAUUUUUUUUAAACUUUUUACUGGAGCAGUCGUACUGGUACUCCGCAUCUUGCCGCCUUCUCCUGCGCUGCCACUGGCCACUGCACCUGCACCGAAGGACAGAUAAGUGGGCCUCCUGGCGCCACGUGGCGGGCACUCGGGACGGUGCACGAGUUUGUUCCAGCUUCUUAAGCCUUGUCCCAUCUGCAAGAGUAGGCUGUAAUUUUUUUUUUCUUACUGCUGGUAGUUUACUGCUAUGAGAUUGGGAUCUCCUGACCUGAUUAAGCGGAUAAUGUCAUCGAUUGGUUGGAAUCAUCAUGUUACUUGCAUAACUGGGUUGUGGAUAA